AGAACUGCAAAGCGUGAAGGUUAAUGAAGGAGGUACAGCCUCUCUGUGUUGUGAGGUGUCUAAGCCUGGAGUGUCAGUGCAAUGGAAGAAGAACAAGCUGCCACUUAGAGCCAGUAGGAAGUAUGAGAUGAAGCAAGAUGGCUGCCUCCUCCAGCUACACAUCAAGGAGCUCCAACCUGAGGACAGUGGCAGCUACACAUGUCAAGCAGGACGUGUAGAGACCACUGCUACUGUGACAGUGAAAGAAGUCCCACCAUUUUUCAAAGAAGAAUUGCAGAAUGUGAAGGUGGAGGAGGGAGCAACAACCUCUCUUUGCUGUGAGCUGUCUAAGCCUGGAGUGUCAGUACAAUGGAAGAAGAACAGGCUGCCACUCAGAGCGAGCAGGAAUUAUGAGAUGAAACAAGAUGGCUGCCUCCUCCAGCUGCACAUCAAGGAUCUCAAACCUGAGGACAGCGGCUGCUACUCAUGUCAAGCAGGAAGUGCAGAGACCACUGCUACUGUGACAGUGAAAGAGCUUCCUCCAUUCUUCAAGGAAGACUUGGAAAGUCUGGAGGUUGAUGAGGGAGGUACAGCCACCCUGUGCUGUGAGCUGUCUAAGCCUGGAGUGUCAGUACAAUGGAGUAAGAACAGGCUGCCACUGAGAGCUAACAGGAAGUAUGAGAUGAAGCAAGAUGGCUGCCUCCUCCAGCUGCACAUCAAGGAUCUCAAACCAGAGGACAGCGGCAGCUACUCGUGUGAAGCAGGAAGUGCGGAGACCACGGCAACAGUGACAGUGAAAGAGCUUGUACCAUUCUUCAAGGAAGACCUACUAAGUGUGGAGGCUGAGGAGGGAGGUUCAGCCUCUCUGUGCUGUGAGCUGUCUAAGCCUGGACUGUCAGUUCAAUGGAGUAAAAACAAGCUGCCACUGAGAGCUAACAGGAAGUACAUCAUGAAGCAAGAUGGCUGCCUCCUCCAGCUGGACAUCAAGGAUCUCAAACCAGAGGACAGUGGCUGCUACUCGUGUGAAGCAGGAAGAGCAGAGACCACUGCAACUGUGACAGUGAAAGAGCUUGCACCAUUCUUCAAGGAGGACUUAGUAAGUGUGGAGGCUGAGGAGGGAGGUUCAGCCUCUCUUUGCUGUGAGCUGUCUAAAGCUGGAGUGUUCGUGCAAUGGAGUAAGAACAAGCUGCCACUGAGAGCUAACAGAAAAUAUGAGAUGAAACAAGAUGGCUGCCUCCUCCAGCUGCACAUCAAGGAUCUCAAACCAGAGGACAGCGGCUGCUACUCGUGUGAAGCAGGAAGAGCAGAGACCACUGCUACUGUGACAGUGAAAGAGCUUGCACCAUUCUUCAAGGAGGACUUAGUAAGUGUGGAGGCUGAGGAGGGAGGUUCAGCCUCUCUGUGCUGUGAGGUGUCUAAAACUGGAGUGUUCGUGCAAUGGAGUAAGAACAAGCUGCCACUGAGAGCUAACAGAAAGUAUGAGAUGAAACAAGAUGGCUGCCUCCUCCAGCUGCACAUCAAGGAGCUCAAACCUGAGGACAGCGGCAGCUACUCGUGUCAGGCAGGAAGUGCAGAGACCACUGCUACUGUGACAGUGAAAGAGCUUGCACCAUUCUUCAAGGAAGACUUAGUAAGUAUGGAGGCUCAGGAGGGAGCUACAGCCUCUUUGUGCUGUGAGCUGUCUAAGCCUGGAGUGUCAGUGCAAUGGAAGAAAAACAGGCUGCCACUUAGAGCCAGCAGGAAGUACGAGAUAAAACAAGAUGGCUGCCUCCUCCAGCUGCACAUCAAGGAUCUCCAACCUGAGGACAGUGGCAGCUACACAUGUCAAGCAGGACGUGUAGAGACCACUGCUACUGUGACAGUGAAAGAGCUCCCACCAUAUUUCAUGGAAGACUUACAAAGUGUGGAGGCUGAGGAGGGAGCAACAACCUCCCUAUGCUGUCAGCUGUCGAAGCCUGGAGUGUCAGUGCAAUGGAAGAAGAACAGGCUGCCACUGAGAGCUAACAGGAAGUAUGAGAUGAAACAAGAUGGCUGCCUCCUCCAGCUGCACAUCAAGGAUCUCAAACCUGAGGACAGCGGCAGCUAUUCGUGUCAAGCAGGAAGUGCAGAGACCACUGCAUCUGUGACAGUGAAAGAGCUCCCACCAUUCUUCAAGGAAGGCUUACAAAGUGUGGAGGUUCAGGAGGGAGGUACAGCCUCUCUGUGCUGUGAGCUGUCUAAGCCUGGAGUGUCAGUGCAAUGGAAGAAGAACAAGCUGCCACUGAGAGCUAACAGGAAGUAUGAGAUGAAACAAGAUGGCUGCCUCCUCCAGCUGCACAUCAAGGAGCUCAAACCUGAGGACAGCGGCAGCUACACGUGUCAAGCAGGACGUGUAGAGACCACGGCAACUGUGGCAGUGAAAGAGAAACCUCCAUUCUUCAAGGAAGGCUUACAAAGUGUGGAGGCUGAAGAGGGAGGUACAGCCUCUCUGUGCUGUGAGCUGUCUAAAGCUGGAGUGUCAGUGCAAUGGAAGAAGAACAAGCUGCCCCUGAGAGCUAACAGGAAGUAUGAGAUGAAGCAAGAUGGCUGCCUCCUCCAGCUGCACAUCAAGGAUCUCAAACCUGAGGACAGUGGCAGCUACACAUGUCAUGCAGGAAGUGCAGAGACCAUUGCAGCUGUGACAGUGAAAGAGCUUCCAGCAUUCUUCAAGGAGUACUUAGAAAGUGUGGAGGUGAAAGAGGGAGGUACAGCCUCUCUGUGCUGUGAGCUGUCUAAGCCUGGAGUGUCAGUGCAAUGGAAGAUGAACGGGAUUCCACUAAAAGCAGGCAACAAAUACGAGAUAAAGCAGGGUGGCUGCCUGCUUCAGCUCUACAUCAAGGAUCUCAAAGUGGAGGACAGCGGCAGCUACACAUGUCAGGCAGGAAGUGCAGAGACCACUGCUACUGUGACAGUGAAAGCACUAGAACCAGCUCCACCAAAGGCAGAGCCUCCCACGAUUCUGCCUCGGGCAAAGGGUCCCGUCUCCAAACCAACUCCUGCGCCAGAAAGCCAGAAGCCUGGACUCCCAGAAGCCAAACCUGUUCCUCCAGAGCCCAAAAAGAGAGCUCACAGGAAAGCAUCAAUUGCAAGUUUAGAAAAAGACGUGGAACCAAUGUUUGACCUAAAACAGGGCAUCCAACCUGCGAGAUCCAUGGAGAAAGACCUUGAUGUUGCACAGAACAUAAUACAACUGGAAAGGCAUGUGGAGAAAGACAAUGAGUUGAACAAGAAAGUUGACAAGACAGUGAGACCACUGGAGAAAGAUAAUAGGGUUGACAGGGAGGUGGAAGAGCCAGCAAGACCUUUGGAAACAGAGAAAGAUGUUCUCAUGGAGAGGAGACAACCAGGAAGGAAUACAGAGAAAUUAGUCCAGGUUGACCAUAAUGCAAGUGAAACAGACAAUGUUGUUGGAGACACUGUGUUUGAACAAAAGAAAAGGAAGGAUGAAGUUGAACAGAUAUUAAAACAAGCAGUGAAACCUUCAGAGAGAACAAGUGAAGUUGAGAGGAAUGAAAGCCAUCCAGAAAAAGUCCAGUGGGAGAAGAGUGAGGAUGAAAAACCGUCUGUGAAACCAUUAGAAAAGUUUAUCGGGAGUAAAACAAUAAAGGACCAAGAAGAGAAGUUUAUAGUAAAGGAAGGCAAAGUAGAGGAAGAAGAACCUUUUAAACCACCAGUAAGAUCUAAAGGAAAAGUAACAGGGGCAAAGGAACCACCUCAGUAUAUUCCAAAGGAAACUGAGGAGAUCAUUGUCCAAACAGUAAAGCCUACUGUAAAUGAAUUUGAAGAAGACAACAGACAGAGAGACCAUGUGAAACAGCAGGUGUCUAUGGAGGCAGAGAAUGAGAUAAAGCCACUGAAACUAGUCACCUCUGUAAAUAAACUGGACAAACAACCUUUAGAAAAAGAGGCUGAAUUUGCCCCUCCAAAACCACCUGUGAGGGUGAAAAGUAGAGCAAAGGGAGGAAUGGAAAGGCAGUCAUCAAGGGACACAGAGACAGAUCAAGAUGAUCUACAGGUGACAAGAGUUGUGGUGAAAACAAAGGAGGAUCAGCCAGUUAAACCGUCAGUAACUUCUUUGGUAAAAGAGGUUGAAGAGAAGCCAAGGUCUGAGAGGAAACAAUCAGUAACAACAGAUUCUGAGACUGCUGAGAAAAUAAGGCAACCUGUGAAAGCUGCAGAGAAGGAUGCAAUCGCCAAACAGCCGAUCAAACAACCAGUCAAACCCAUGAGAAAAGAACCUGAAGUGGACCAGGAAAUAAAACUGGCAGUUGAGCCAAUGAGAAGAGAAGAAGAAGCACAAACAGUAAAGAUGGCGGAAGACAUUCCUCUCCUCUACAUUUCUGAAGAUGAAACUUUCUCAGAAGCUUUGACUGAGAUACCACUGAACCACAACGAUGUGCAGCCCCCUGGCUUUUUUGUGGAGGGGUCAACCCAACCUGCUACUCUUCCUCCAGUUAAUGUACCCCAGAAGGCACAACCACCAAAUGAAGCUGCACCGGAGAUUGACAUCGACAUUGAAGAUGAACCACAAUUGCAAGAGGCUGCCAUCAAGAUCCAAGCUGCCUUCAAAGGCUACAAAACCCGCAAAGACAUGCGACCUGUCUUCAAAGAGGUGUUUAAGAACCAGAGUGCAGAUCUUCAUGGUACAAUAACACUAGUGUGUGUUGUAGAAGGAAAGCCCAGCUCAGUGCGCUGGCUGAAAAACGGCCAACAAAUCACAAAUGACUAUCGAUGCCGUAUCGAGACUACAGAGAACGGCGUGUGCACACUGGUGAUCAAAAACCUGACCACCAGUGACAGUGGAAUCUAUACCUGCGAGGUGGUGAAUAAGUUUGGUGUUACCUCCUACAAUGGAAACAUAACAGUAGUACAGCCUCAGAAGCCUGCUCCAGCGGUCCAGAAGCCUAUACACCCACCGCUUGCUGCCAUUACUCCUCUGCAACUCGCCCCACAAAAGCCUGAGGAAGAAACACAGACCCAGGAUCUGCCUCAGACUCAAACCCAGACACCUCCUUCAGCUGCAGGUGCUGAGAACUACGUGGAAAAUGUGAGUGUCUCUCUAUGGGAGGCCUACAACCUGACGGAGCAGGACGCUCAGGCGAGGCUGCAAGAGAGGAGAGGGUCUUCACUCAUUGCUGCCAGCUCCAUGUCGAGUCCCUCGGAUUAUGAAACAGCUCCUGACAUAAUGGAACCUGUUGAGACUGGUCCAACUGUACCGAGGGUAGAGACAGAAGCAGUGGACCAAGUUCCUCCAGAAGUUGAAGAACAACCUCCACAGCCAACUAAGACACUACUGAAGGUCAAAGCAGCUCAUGAAGGUAGAAUGAGGACACCAUCUCCCAAGCACCACCGCGCUCACACGCCCUUAACGAGUACCGUCUCUGGAUCAGAGUCAGAGGGAGAGGAGGAUAGACGAGAGACAUUUGAAAUGUAUGUGGCUCGAGCUGAUUGCAGUCCGGACAGCGGAAACAAGGACAGUUUUGUUCUGAAGGAGGGCCAGUUUGUAGAGGUCCUGGACUCGGUUCAUCCUGACAAAUGGCUGGUGAGGACCAAACCCACCAAAACCAACCCUGCUCGACAGGGAUGGGUGUGUCCAGCCUACUUUGAGAAGAAGAGGAAGGAGACCUUCCCUCAACUGAGAGCACCUCAAGAGGAUCUUGAUGGCAUUGGGUCUACAGGAGAAGAAUACAGGAGAGCUCUUAGCCAACUGAUCCAAGGCAUGAUUGAUGGAGAGGAGGAGUUUGUAAAGGAGAUGAAGAUGUUCACCUCUCACCAGCUGAAUUAUUUGGAAUCUAGCCGCCACGUCCCCAUCAACAUCCUCAACCAGAAGGAGAUCAUUUUCAGGAAUAUCAAGGACAUUGUGUCGCUGCAUGAGAGGUUGAUCCUUCCUGGGCUGAAGGAGUGUGCCACAGACGACGAUGUGGCCAUGCAUCUGAUCAAGCACACUGAGGACUUUGAGAAGUAUCUUCACUACUUGGUGGGACAAGCACAAGCAGAGGCCUGCGUCACUGACAAGGCUGUCCAGCAGUAUUUCAAAGAGUUACUAGAGUCUGGUAAAUCUGAUGCUCCUGCCAUGGAUGUCCUUACUUUCCUCCAGCGCCCAGUGGAGAGAAUUCAAACCUACCAGGCUUUACUGAAGGAGUUCAUCAAGAACAAAGCCAAAAGUGGACAGAGCUGCUGUCUUUUGGAGGAUACCUUCUCCAUGGUGUCCUGUCUACCCUGGAGGUCUGACAACCUGCACCAGGUGUCCCUCAUCGAGAAUUAUCCAGCUCCUCUGAUUGCCCUGGGUGAACCAGUGCGACAGGGAGUCUUUACAGUUUGGGAGGAAUCGCCAGAAAUUAAAACGGCCUCUAGAGGGCAUCAGAGACAAGUCUUUCUCUUCAAGGAAUGUAUCGUACUGUGUAAACUGAAAAGAGACACCAAUAUCAACAGUGACACCUUCAGCUUCAAGAACAAAAUGAAGCUGAUGGAUGUGGAAAUAAAGGAGACUCUGGGUGGAGAUGAGAAGUCUUGGGGGUUGUGGCAUGAGCACAGGGGCUCAGUACGGAGGUACACACUGCAGGGACGCUCCACCCUGGUGAAACUGUCCUGGCUCAAGGAUCUGAAGGAGCUACAGCAACGUAUCAGCCUGCCCACCAACAGCCCACCUGUGUUUGUGUCACUGUUGUGUGACUGCACAACAAAGAUUGGACAGACAAUCAAACUGACCUGUAAGGUCACAGGAUCACCAAAACCAAUGAUCAGCUGGCUCAAAGACGGCCUUCCUUUAGAGGACGAUCCUCGUCACAUCAUCACAGAGGACCGGUCAGGCACCUGCUGUCUCAUCCUAGACAGCCUCACUGCAGAGGACUCUGGACAGUAUGCUUGUUACGCUACCAGCUGUAUGGGCAGUGCUGGUACUCUGGCGAAGGUUGUGGUGCGCGCUUCACCCAGAUUUGUGAGUCGGCUGGAGAGUGCCUGUCUGAUAGAAGGCGAGGAUAUACAGUUCACCUGCUCCACACUUACUGCUCCUUUACCACGUAUCAGGUGGUUGAAAGAUGGCAGAGAGCUGACUGACCAGCAGAAAUACCUAAUCCAAAAUGAUACUCGGAGUGGCAUCUUGUGUCUGACGGUCACCAGGGCAACAGAGGCAGAUAUUGGACAGUAUGAGUGUGAGCUUUGGAAUGAGUUUGGCUGCGUCAAGUGCAAGGCCGGGCUGUGCCCUGCUUACGUGCCACCAAUCGAGGACGACCAGCCACAGGACUUACCUCCUAAAGGUAGGACAGCCAGAGCUACUGAAGGUAAAUAUCCUCCACACAGGGUAGAAACCCAUGACAGGGUUUUCAUGUGGAUGCUCCAAAUCUUUGCCAGUUCAGCCGUGUUUGAGAGAGCAAUGAAGCACAUGCCAUUGUCCGGUUUUACUUCAGUUCACUUCACUUCUGAUCCUGUCAUCCUUUUUUACUUCACAUCAUAUGACAUCUCCUCACUUUCCAACAAACUGCAACAAUUUCCACUUUCAACCACUACCAUUCAUCCAUUCUAUCCAGUGGAUGCCAUUUUGAGAUUGUACUCACAUUUUACUUUUUUCAUUUCACACACACUCACAUCAUAUGUAGUUCCAACUACCAUACCAGCUUUGAAGAAUUAUUUUAAGUGUUUAAUGUUUAAAUUCCUACUGAGUGGUAUUUUGGUUUUCGUAGAUGCAGACUCAGAGGGCUGGUCCACUGCCUUUGUGAAGAAAUGGCUACAGACUGAUUUCAGCCCCACCUCUAUUGCUAAGAUGCUCUUCCCCCCUGAACACCCUGAACAAGCUGUAGUGGGUGGUACUGAAGAAGCCGUUCCUGUCUCGACAUCCAUGGAGCAGGUGGCACAGCAGCCUCCGUGCUACCCAGAGGAAGAGGAGGAGAUCUACAUCUCAGAGCAAAUGCAGGAAAUUACAGAUGCUCCUCCAUCCAUCCAGGUACCUGCUGAGGACCUGUGUGUAGAGCCCGGCCAACGAGCUACAUUUACCGCCAUCAUCACAGGACGACCUGCUCCCAACAUACAGUGGUAUAAGGAUGGAGAGGAGCUUGCAGCCAAUGAGAAUGUGGAGAUUGCGCAGCAUGGUGCCCGCUGUUCACUGACAAUAGUGUGCCCAGAGGGUGAGGACAGCGGCAUAUACACCUGCUUAGCCUACAGCGACUCUGGCCAUGACUCAUGCCACGCUGAGCUGACAGUGGAGGAAGGUCCUCUGGAGUGUCAGGAGAGAGAGGUGGAGCUGGGGAAGAGAAGGAAGUUAUUCUCCGUCUAUGAUAUCCAUGAGGAAAUUGGAAGGGGAACCUUCGGGGUGGUGAAGCGUGUAAUCCACAGACGAACAGGUGAAGUGUUUGCUGCCAAGUUUCUGCCUCUGCGGAGUAGCACUCGGACCAGGGCCUUCCAGGAGAGGGACCUGCUGUCCCGUCUGGCUCACCCCAGAGUAGCUUGUUUGCUGGACUUUUUUUGUACCAGACGCACUCUGGUGCUGAUCACAGAGAUCUGCUGUUGUCAUGGACUUCUGGACCAUUUAUUACUGAAAGGAUCCGUCCCAGAGAGAGAGGUUCAGUCAUACAUCCAGCAGAUCCUUGAAGGAGUCGGUCACAUUCACUGCAUGAACAUUCUGCAUCUGGACAUUAAACCUGAUAAUAUCCUGAUGGUGUAUCCACCCAGAGAUGAGAUCAAGAUCUGUGACUUUGGCUUCUGCCAAGAAAUAGACACAUCUAGACACCAGUACAGCAUGUUCGGUACACCAGAGUUUAUUGCCCCUGAAAUCGUUCACCAAGAACCAGUCACUGUGGCCACUGAUAUUUGGUCUGUAGGUGUUAUAGCCUAUUUAUGUCUCAUGUGCCGAUGCCCUUUUGUGGGCGAGACGGACCGUGCUACACUGCUGAGGGUGGGAGAGGGGACCCUGAACUGGGAUGCCCCUGAUGUGAUGCGCAGGAGCCCUGAGGCUCAGAACUUUCUCCACAUGCUCCUGCAGCCAGAUCCAGAGAAACGACCAUCUGCCUUUGAGUGCUUGAGCCAUGAAUGGCUCCAGGACGAACAUGCAGGAGAAGAUACUGAUGAAAUCAACACAAAGACUUUGAAAAUCUUCAUCUCGAAAAGGAAAUGGCAGCGCUCUUUGACCUGCAUUGGGUCAGUCCUCACAUUGAGGCAUAUCCCUGAGCUGCUGGACGCUCCUCUCAGAGAGACCGCAGUGACGGUGCCCCGCGAGCCUCAGGAACACAGCAGCACCUCUCCGAGCAGUGGCUCCUCGUCUGAGUAUGACGAAGCUGACUCUUGGGACUUUUUCCAGCACUACAGCCCGACUGAGGAGGAGGAAGAGGAAACCGAGGAGGACUAUGAUCCUUUAAUGGAGAGAGCGCAGAUCCCUGACUCUUUCGCCAAACUCCGCCUGGAUGCAGAGGAGGAGGAGGAAGUGACAUUAGGGGAGGAAGAGGAUGGGGAGAUGGUAGGAAGAAGGAGUGUACUAGAGCGGAGUGUGAGCAGGCAGUCAGUUGCGUCAUCGGAUGUGUCGUCCCAACAGACUCCUCAGAGGGAGCGAAGGUUCAGCAAGGACAGUAAUCAAUCUCUCUACCUGUCUGAUGGGGACGAGGGUUCAGGGAGUGAUGGAGGUCGUAUUCCUCGUGGCAGCGUCAUCCGAAGCACUUUCUACAGCACCUCCCAUCAGCUUUCACCCAUGUCUGCCAGACACAUGACAUUACGGGACAAAUUCCAGGCCAAAAAGCAGGAGAGAGGCCGCAAACCACUCCGCAGAAGCUUUUCAGGACGUCUCAAUGAGCCUCUUAUUGAAUAUGUGGAGGAUGAGACGGAGACAAAUCGUGGCCAGAGACGAGUAUCUGUCCAGCCCACGAUGCAGAAGUCCUGCUCCUUUGACAGUGGUGUUAGCCUCGCCCACACCAAUGCCCCCCCUCACAGGAGGAGCAGGUCUCUUGAUGAGUAUUCUAGACGAUCUCCCAGCUCACCCGAGCGCACAAAGUCAGGGGAAGAAGAAGGCUCUCAAAGUCUGAAGGAAGAUUUCACAGACGAUGAAGUGGCUGGAAGAAACCUGUUGGCCAUCCCGAGCCCUCGGCGACCCACAAGAAGAGGAGGUUCCGUCUCUCCAACACUGCCGAGUGGAUCUUCUGCUCCCACAAACGUCCUUGCUGGAGACAGAAUGAGCCCCAGGCUGGAUCAGGAGCAGGCAGCGGGUGACACCUUUGCUGGCUCCCAGGGGUCUCUGGCUGAGUCGUCUAUUUUGGAGCAUGAGGGCUCUGAGUCGUCAAGUCGACCUGGCUCCUACGAGGAGCUGAGUCAUGGCCAUCUCAGAGGGAGAUACAGAUCAGGAGAGAGUGAAGGGUAUGAUGAUCAUGGGGAGCCUCUGAUUUCACCAUCCCCAUGUUCAUUCCAAGAAGUCAAACCCAGAAGCUCAUUUCCCCAAGCACCGCCACGUAACCGCACCCGCUCCAACCCCAACCUGUCCACCAACAGCAGAGGUCAGCUGGGGACCCCACUAACAGCGAGCCCCAGUCCCAGCCUCUCCUCUCUGCAAGCUCCAGAGAGGCCUCCCAGAGCCAAGGACAAGAAGGGCGGCGGUGGCCUCCAGAGGCACGCAUCAGCUCCAGCCCUCGAAGCUCGGCCACCCACAGGAAGGUCACCCAAGCUGGGACUGCUGAGGAUCUUCCGCAGGCAGUCCUGGACUGGCCACUCGUACUCCCAGCUGGACGAGGCAGAGUUAGGACCCACACUGGGGGAGAUCAUGAAGCCAGAUACUCCCACCAUGUCUCUGAGGAAGAAAAUGAGAGCUUCAGCCUCCAGCCUGACCAAGCUGUUCUCAAAGUCUUUUAGUAAGGAGGACGUGAGUAAAGGAGGGCCAAUAGUAAAGGGAGCACCUCCCAUCCCACCUGAAAGGCAUCGCAGCAGUGGUCUUGAGAGCCCAAAAAAGAGGACGUCCAAACUGUUGCCUUCUCUUAAAAUACCUGCGUUCAGAAAGUCAAAAGAUCUGCUAGUUCGUCCCAACAAGGCUGAAGUUUUCCAGUUAGAUGGAGGUGGAGUCCUACUGGUUUGGAAACCAGUCCAGUCCAGUGACCCUGUCACCUAUUGUGUGCAGUACUGUACAGAUGGUGGGGAGUGGACGGUCCUGUCAGAGGAGGUGACUGACAGUAGCUAUGUGGUGAAGGACUUACCCAGAGGAGCUUCUUACGUGUUCCGGAUCGGCUGCAUCACUAAGACAGGAGCAGGACCUUUCAGUGAUGCUUCAGCACCUGUUGUUAUGGCUACUCAUCCUGAGGAGACUCACAUUCCUCUGAUCCAGACUGAGUCACUGGGGUCAAAGGUCACUGGGUCAGAACAACAGACAGCUCAUAAGAACUUCAGUUUCCUCUCUGAGAUCAACAGGGGUCGUUUCAGCGUAAUUACCCUGUGCAGGGAUGUUGAGACCAGCCAGGUGUUUGCUGCCAAGAUCACCCCUUACCAGGCAGAGCAGAGACAGUUGGUGCUGAGGGAAUACCAGCUGCUGAAGAGGCUUCAUCACACUCACCUGGUGCAACUGCACGCUGCCUUUUUCACCCCCCGCUACCUGGUGUUGGUGGAGGAGCUCUGUCCCGGCAAGGAGCUGCUCCACAGUCUGGCAAUGAGGGAUCUGUACGCAGAGAGUCAUGUUGGCGAGCUGCUGGUUCAGAUUCUGAGCGCAGUCGACUACCUCCACAGCCGUCGAGUCAUCCACCUGGACCUGAAGUCUGACAACAUGCUGGUGGAUGACUGUAACCACCUGAAGAUAGUUGACUUGGGCUCGGCUCUGUCCUACACACCCGGUCAGCCUCUCAUCGUCGAGCACAUCCACGGCCUGUCAGAGAGCAAAGUUUAUAUUGUCCUUCCUAAAGCUCCGGAAAUCCUGGAAGGUCAAGGUGUCGGGCCUGAAACAGACAUCUGGGCUAUUGGAGUUCUGUCCUUUAUCAUGUUGAGUGCCGACAGCCCGUUCCAUGCAGAGCACAGCUGGGAGCAGGACAAAAACAUCAAGAAAGGGAAGAUCCAGUUUGGACGCUGUUACCCUGGUCUGUCAGAGGGAGCCUUGAACUUCAUGAAGAGCAGCCUGAAUAACAAAUCCUGGGGAAGACCCACUGCAGCCGAGUGUCUCCAGAACCCAUGGCUGCGUGCCCAUCGUGCCCCACACAAAGCCCGGCACUCCAAAGUGUGUUUCUCUACAGACAAGCUCAAAGAUUACCUCAAACAGAAGGAGGAGAAACGAGACCAGGUCAGCACCAAGCUUCAGGGUCCCUUCUUCCAGUAAGGCAACACUGUGGCGUUUCUUUCACCGCUAGCUUUUCCUACAAGCUCUACAAUCAGCUCUGGCUCUUUUCUGGCUUUUCUGGUUCCUUUGAUUUUAAAAAUGUGAUGCGUCUUAAAGAGUUUUCAAAGUGUUUCAAAAUGUAUUUAUCCAUUAGCUUGUACAUGUGAGUGUGCUGCAUUUUUAAGGUUUAGUCUCUUUAGUGUGUGAGUUGUAAAAUGUUGAUUUUAUGACAUGCUCCUCAGUAUCAGACAGAUGCAUGUGUUUGGCCUUAACGUAAAACCAGUGUUUUGUGCUACUCUUCUUCAUACAGACAGCAGAUAUUUUCCUGAGUGAUAUAUUUUAUUUAAAAAUGUACACAU